GUCUUUUUCGCAAUGUUUAUCAACCUCAUUGCUGUUACCGUCGAGUAGAAAUGGAUCCUUCAAUGGAUCCAACACGGACAGCAGUCUCCCUGGUGGAGGGUUCACAUCGUCCAAUGGGGGUGCAGCUAGUGAACUCGUAUCAGACCAAUAAGACGUCUGAUCCCAUGGAUCUAGUCGAACUGGCUCGACAAGUCCAGAAGGCUGAUGAAUUCACUCGAGCUAAUGCUGGGAGCAAGCUGACUGUGAUUGCCGAUCAGAUCCGAUACUUGCAGGAACAGGCCAGGAAGGUUCUAGAAGAGGCUAAAAGAAAUGCGAUGCUCCACCACACCGCUUGCAAUCUGGUAAAGAAACUCGGGCAGAUCUACUACUUAUAUGAAAGAGAUUCGGGACAAAAAUAUUUCUCUAUUCUGUCCCCACAAGAAUGGGGUCCGUCGUGUCCACAUGAGUUCAUUGGAGGCUUUCGGCUGGAGUGUGACCAGUCGUGGACUCCUCUGCAAGACAUUGAUUCCCGCAGCGAGGAAAUCGCACUCAUAGACAAAGUGCUGAAUGCUCAGAAAGCUAUCACUGACGCUGCCACUCAGAUGCACCCACCCGGUUUUGAGACCAAGUCUGCCCAGAAGAUAAACACCGGCUCACAAGAGAAUAACUGAAAAAUGGUGUUACAAACUCAGGGUUACAAGCACAGUGGUUGUCUCAAAAUUGACUAUAUGUGUUUGGUUGAUAUAAACCAGUGACAUAAAUAUGAAAUUAUGGCUGUUUGAAACAUAAACCUUUGUUAGAGGUUGUGUCCAUGAUGGGUCUGUUUAAAUGACAUCAUCUUUCUCAAAUAGAGAUCUCAUAACCUUAGGAAGUUCUGUGAAAAAAAACCCUGCAGUUUCUCUCAGGAACAGUUUAAAGGUUUUAUAAUGAAAUGUAUCUUGUUGGUGUCAUUUCAAGCAGUUUGAAAAUGAUCUACACAUUAAUUAGGCAUUGUGAAAAGAACAGCCGAUGCCAAAUAAUGCACUUAAAGACUACCAAGAUUCAAGUUCUUUCCUGACAAUGUAACCCCUGAUUACAACACACACAAACCUACACACACACAUCCAGACUGGAUUCCAGAGUAUAUGUAGGUGUGUGUCUCUGUCUCUCUCCCCCACCCCCCAUCUCUCUUUCACCCCCUCCUUAUUUCUGUCUCGCCUGUCAAUCUCUCUCUCUCUCUCUUUCCUAUCCCAACUGCUAUAACAGUUGAAAUGACACCUGUCGAUCAGUACAGAUGAUAUACUAACAGGUGACAUAUAAAGGCUUGUUAACAUUGUAUUGGCAAGGGACUGGGAACUGGGGUAUGUCUGAAAACGAUUGGUGAAACAUGACUGUCAAGUUUUUUAAAUUUUAAAAAUGUAUGUCAAGACAAGUUUAAUGUUAAGUUUUAACACCUGAUGUUCAUAUUUUGUUGUAGCAAAGUGAGUGUACAUACGAAGAAAACCUUUUUAUUACUUGUAUAUGAUGUACAUAUAAUAUUGUUUGUAUAUUAUAUUUAUAAUAUGUAUUUGUUACCAAAAACCCCCCACAUAAA